AUGAGAACAGAGUCGAAGAAGAUAUCCAAGUCUUCGUGGCCGAAAUUACCCGUGAGGAAGUGGCUUAAUAUAAAUAACAGUGCUGAUAAGUUUCAAUCAGAUUAUUCUGUAACAGGAACCGCGAUGGACAGGAGAAAGAGUUGUUCGGACCAAGAUCGUUACGUCGUCGUUGGGGAUGAUUUAUCGGAGGGGUGGUUGAUGGAUUCUACAAAUGGAAUGCUUGGGAAGAAAACAACUCCUUUCACUGAUGCUCUCAAACUUAGGAUGUUCGUGGGGACGUGGAAUGUCGGGGGGAAGUCACCCAACGAAUGCUUGAGCUUGAGGAAUUGGCUGACGUCUCCUUCGCCAGCCGACGUCUACGUUAUUGGGUUCCAAGAAAUUGUACCGCUAAAUGCAGGGAACGUGCUUGGGCCCGAGGACAGUGGCCCAGCAGCGAAGUGGCUGACCCUUAUUCGUGAAGCCUUGAACGCCAACAAGUGCGACCAUGAAAGUUCAAAUUAUGAUAACGACAACACCGCCAAUAAUAGCAGUUUCUCAGAAUUAACAAGCGAUCAGCGAAGCUAUUGCGUAGCAGCAAGCAAACAAAUGGUCGGUAUCUUUUUGUCUGUGUGGGUACGAGCGGAUCUUUACAACCAAGUUAGCAAUUUAAAGGUAUCCUGCGUUGGCAGAGGCAUCAUGGGCUACCUUGGAAAUAAGGGUUCAAUAUCAAUUAGCAUGACAUUGUAUAGCACCACGUUCUGCUUUGUUUGCACCCACUUGGCCUCUGGAGAGAAAUAUGGUGACGAGGUGCGAAGAAACUUUGACGUCACGGAAAUCUUGAAGAAAACUAAAUUUUCUCACACAUAUAAUAAAUCUCUUGGUCAUACACUCUCUCCUGAAAGCAUAUUGGAACACGAUAAUAUUAUUUGGCUCGGGGAUUUGAAUUAUCGGCUUGCUGCUGGUUACGAUGAUACGCAUGAGCUACUAAAGAAGAAUAAUUGGCAGGCACUACUAGAGAUGGAUCAGCUAAGGAUAGAGCAGAGAGCUGGUCGAGUGUUUCAAGGUUGGAACGAAGGGAGCAUAUACUUUGCUCCUACUUACAAAUACUUGACCAAUUCUGACAACUAUGUUGCCCAAACCUCCAAAUCCAAGGAGAAACGACGGACUCCUGCUUGGUGCGACCGAAUUCUGUGGAAAGGGGAAGGACUAAGUCAGAUUUGGUAUGUUCGAGGAGAGUCCAAAUUCUCAGACCACAGGCCUGUGUAUUCACUAUUCUCGGUUAAAGUGGACUUGACAAGCAAGAAUCUCAUUCCCUCAAAUGUCACUAUCCCCAGGUCAUCAUGCCCCUUAAAGCCAUUGACAAAUGCUGCUUUGUCAUCGACUUGCGCUGCUAAAGUACAAGUAGAAGAGCAGCUCUUGUUACUAACGAGGGCACAAAGUUGCUUAGACACCGCACCCAGGUUCUGA